UGUCCCAGUCUGAACCGGUUUCAGCCGGUUGCGAGUGUGUUGCACUAGAGCAGAAGAAGCGCCUCUUUCAGCCUCCCAGCUCGCUACGUCGCGCCUCCACCACGGGUAGAAACUUACUAAUACAGUCUUACCCGCAACCAACGGGGAUUUUACCUGAACACAUGUGCCAGGGCUCUAAUUGACAACCACCGACCAUUAAGCAGCAUUAUUAAUUUCACCCAUAGUAUUAUUUACCUCAGCCAGCUACUUUCUCAGUGGGUGUGUGGAAAGCAGACCCCGCCAACCUGGGCCUUCGGAGAAUUGAAUCUACCUCCGUUUAAUUUCAUUUGGUUUCAUCCUUCAUUCAUUUAAAAACUAAAUUUCAACCAAGGACGGGAUAUAAAUAUCCGCCACGAUUUAUUUACCUCCAGGGAGAAAAUAAUAAUAAAAAAGGCUGUUUCCAAAUCUGUUAUAAAGGAGGGCCGUCGCUGCCUGCUUAGCCCGUGUGUGCACGUUUUUGGGGGUUGUACUGGUAAGAGGUGUAGAAUUACUCUUUUCGGGGUCCUUCUUUUGGCGGAGUUUCACUCCCCUUCUCAUCGUCCGGUUUGCCCCACGUUGUCCUGAGGAAAAGGCACCUCCAGAUCACGUAAUCUAUGCCAGCAAUUAUGACCAUGUUAGCGGACCAUGCAGCUCGGCAGCUGCUGGACUUCACUCAGAAACUCGACAUCAACCUUCUGGACAACGUGGUGAAUUGCUUGUACCAUGGAGAGGGGGCUCAGCAAAGAAUGGCGCAGGAAGUCCUGACACACUUAAAAGAACAUCCUGAUGCUUGGACAAGAGUCGACACCAUUUUAGAGUUCUCGCAGAACAUGAAUACCAAAUAUUAUGGACUUCAGAUAUUGGAAACGGUAAUUAAAACAAGAUGGAAGAUUCUUCCUCGGAACCAAUGUGAAGGUAUAAAAAAAUAUGUUGUUGGAUUAAUAAUUAAGACCUCAUCUGAUGCCAACUGUGUUGAGGCAAAGAAGGUGUAUAUUGGAAAACUGAACAUGAUUCUAGUUCAGAUACUGAAACAGGAAUGGCCCAAACACUGGCCAACAUUUAUAAGUGAUAUUGUGGGUGCGAGUCGGACCAGCGAGAGCCUCUGUCAGAACAACAUGGUUAUUUUGAAGCUUCUGAGUGAGGAAGUAUUUGAUUUUUCAAGUGGACAAAUAACACAAGUAAAAGCCAAACAUUUGAAAGACAGCAUGUGCAAUGAAUUCUCCCAGAUAUUUCAGCUCUGUCAGUUUGUAAUGGAAAACUCCCAAAAUGCACCACUUGUUCACGCGACGUUGGAAACACUGCUUCGAUUUCUUAACUGGAUACCACUGGGGUAUAUCUUUGAAACAAAACUGAUCAGUACGCUAAUAUACAAGUUUCUCAAUGUCCCUAUGUUCAGAAAUGUGUCUUUAAAGUGCCUCACUGAGAUUGCAGGAGUUAGUGUGAGCCAGUAUGAAGAGCAGUUUGUAACCCUUUUCACGUUGACAAUGAUGCAGUUGAAACAGAUGCUGCCUUUGAACACAAAUAUUCGUCUUGCAUAUGCAAAUGGAAAAGAUGACGAGCAGAAUUUCAUUCAGAAUCUCAGCUUGUUUCUUUGUACGUUUCUCAAAGAACAUGGACAAUUGAUAGAAAAAAGGCUGAACUUGAGGGAAACGUUAAUGGAGGCUCUUCAUUAUAUGUUGCUGGUUUCUGAGGUCGAAGAGACUGAAAUCUUUAAAAUCUGCCUUGAGUACUGGAACCACUUAGCAGCCGAGCUUUACAGGGAAAGCCCAUUCUCAACAUCCGCAUCCCCGCUGCUUUCAGGCAGUCAACAUUUUGAUGUCCCUCCAAGAAGACAGUUAUAUCUGCCUGUUCUGUCAAAGGUGCGUUUGCUGAUGGUCAGCCGAAUGGCCAAGCCAGAGGAAGUUCUUGUCGUAGAGAAUGAUCAGGGUGAAGUUGUUCGCGAAUUCAUGAAGGAUACAGAUUCUAUUAAUUUGUACAAGAAUAUGCGGGAAACAUUGGUGUACCUCACUCACUUGGAUUAUGCAGACACAGAACGAAUUAUGACAGAAAAACUGCACAACCAAGUUAACGGAACAGAAUGGUCGUGGAAAAAUUUGAAUACUUUGUGUUGGGCUAUCGGAUCAAUCAGUGGAGCGAUGCAUGAAGAAGAUGAAAAAAGAUUUCUGGUUACAGUUAUUAAAGAUUUGCUUGGCCUCUGUGAGCAAAAACGUGGGAAGGACAAUAAAGCCAUCAUUGCAUCAAACAUUAUGUAUAUUGUGGGUCAAUAUCCAAGGUUUCUCAGGGCCCAUUGGAAAUUUUUGAAGACGGUAGUAAACAAGUUGUUUGAGUUUAUGCACGAAACGCAUGAUGGUGUACAGGAUAUGGCUUGUGAUACUUUCAUCAAAAUAGCACAGAAAUGUCGUAGGCAUUUUGUUCAAGUACAAGUUGGAGAAGUGAUGCCUUUCAUUGAUGAGAUCCUGAACAACAUUAAUACCAUAAUCUGUGAUCUUCAGCCACAGCAGGUUCACACGUUUUAUGAAGCUGUUGGAUACAUGAUUGGGGCACAGACAGACCAAACUGUUCAAGAGCACUUGAUAGAAAAAUAUAUGUUGCUUCCCAAUCAAGUAUGGGACAGUAUUAUUCAGCAAGCCACAAAAAAUGUUGACAUAUUGAAAGAUCCAGAAACGGUCAAACAACUCGGCAGCAUUCUAAAAACAAAUGUCAGAGCGUGUAAGGCUGUUGGUCACCCUUUUGUUAUUCAACUUGGAAGAAUUUACUUGGAUAUGCUGAAUGUGUACAAGUGCCUAAGUGAAAACAUUUCUGCAGCUAUUCAGGCAAAUGGCGAAAUGGUCACAAAACAGCCACUGAUACGGAGUAUGAGAACCGUUAAAAGAGAAACGUUAAAACUGAUUUCAGGGUGGGUCAGCAGGUCUAAUGAUCCUCAAAUGGUCGCUGAAAACUUUGUACCACCCUUGUUGGAUGCAGUUCUAAUUGAUUAUCAGAGAAAUGUUCCGGCUGCCAGAGAGCCUGAAGUACUUAGCACAAUGGCCACUAUUGUAAACAAGCUUGGAGGCCAUAUUACAGCUGAAAUACCUCAAAUAUUUGAUGCCGUUUUUGAAUGCACAUUAAACAUGAUAAAUAAGGAUUUUGAAGAGUAUCCGGAGCACAGGACAAACUUCUUUCUGCUUCUGCAAGCUGUAAAUUCCCACUGCUUUCCUGCAUUUUUGGCUAUCCCUCCAGCUCAGUUCAAAUUGGUUUUGGAUUCUAUAAUUUGGGCUUUUAAACAUACAAUGAGAAAUGUUGCAGAUACAGGCCUGCAAAUCCUGUACACGUUAUUGCAAAAUGUUGCUCAAGAGGAAGCCGCUGCCCAGAGUUUUUAUCAGACCUACUUUUGUGACAUACUUCAGCACAUCUUUUCAGUUGUGACAGACACCUCUCACACUGCUGGUUUAACCAUGCAUGCCUCAAUUCUGGCAUAUAUGUUUAAUUUAGUGGAAGAAGGAAAGAUAAAUACCCCUUUGAAUCCAGCAAGCCCACUUAACAAUCAGCUAUUUAUUCAUGAAUAUGUGGCUAAUCUGCUAAAGUCAGCUUUCCCUCACCUGCAAGAAGCCCAGGUUAAACUGUUUGUGACCGGCCUCUUCAGUUUAAACCAGGAUAUUCCAGCUUUUAAAGAACAUCUUAGGGAUUUCCUCGUUCAGAUAAAGGAAUAUGCUGGGGAAGACACAUCAGACUUGUUCCUGGAAGAAAGGGAAGCAGCCCUUCGACAAGCCCAAGAAGAAAAACACAAACUUCAGAUGUCUGUUCCUGGCAUUCUCAAUCCACAUGAAAUUCCUGAAGAAAUGUGUGAUUAGUUUUUAGAAGCCAAGUUAUGUUAAUUCCCUCCUCCCACUGGACAUAAUUUUUGUUCAGAUAAACAUCACUUUGAUUACUGCUGACCAAAAUGAUGCCAAUUUGUAAAUUAUGUCACCUAGUGGCCCUUUUCUUAUGCGUUUUUGUAUAAAAAAAAUUUCUGUGAAAUAUCCUUCUGUAGUUUAAAAGCUUUGGUCAUCUAGAUUUGCAUGAAAAAUAUUAUAUAAAUAUAGAUAUCUAUAUCUAUAUAUAUAUAUAUAUCCCUCUUAAUUUCAUCAGGCCCAUUGUCUCAUGGCUUUAAGGUAGCACAGGUCCAUUAACUAAGAACCUAUAUUUUUGUCUGUUGUAAAAGUAGUCCCUCCCCCUUUUCAGCAUAUAUUUUUUUAAUUAAAUGGAUUUUCUUUCCAGAUAUUUCUGCGUAGAAGGGAUUCCAAUGAUUAAAACAAAUUCUCUUGUGUAUACAAGUACAAAAUGGCUGCAUAAUCUGAACAAUUAAGUAUUUUUUGCUUUUUGGUUGAGGUGGGCUAGUCUAUAUAACAUACUACAGGUUGGCUAGUAGAACCAUGAUCAUGUGCAUAUCAUCCCAUUGUAAAGCAACUUCAGAAAAUAUGGGAACACAGUACAGUUAGUUAUUUUUACAGAUUUUGUUUUGUGUGUGUGCUGUCGCUUUGUCGACAACAGCUUUUUGUUUUCCUCAAUGAGGAGUGUUGCUCAUUUGUGAGCCUUCAUUAACGAGAAGUGAAAUGGUUAAAAAAAAUAUUUAUCCUGUUAGAAUAGGCUUGCAUCUUUUUAACAACUCAUAAAAUUCUGGCUUUUGAGAUGACUUGUACUAAUUUACAUUGUUUACCAUGCUGUAGUGCUUUAAGAACACUACUACUUAAAAAGCAAAAUAAACUUGGUUUACAUUUA